AUGACGCGAAGUGGUGUCACAGACAACACAACUGGUGGAGCCACGGUUGUGUUGUGCCCAAAGCAUACUGAGCAGACACUCAGAGAGAUUGAGGAAGCCAGACAGGUCGUCGAGAGCACUCGUACUCCCGAGGAUAUUGAGGAUGACCAAUGGGACACAUCAAUGGUAGCCGAGUAUGGUGAUGAGAUUUUUGAGUACAUGCGCACUCUCGAAGUACGCAUGCGCCCGAAUCCACACUAUAUGGAUUUUCAGAACGAGUGUCAAUGGUCGAUGCGAUCCGUUCUCAUGGACUGGAUGAUCCAGGUUCACACUCGCUUCACCCUCUUGCCCGAGACUCUGUUCCUUGCCGUCAACUAUAUCGACCGUUUCCUCUCUUACAAGGUCAUCUCACUAGGAAAGCUGCAGCUCGUCGGCGCCACCGCCAUCUUUCUUGCCGCAAAGUAUGAGGAAGUCAACUGCCCGUCCGUCCAGGAAGUUGUUUACAUGGUCGAUGGAGGGUACACCCAGGAUGAGAUCCUCAAGGCUGAGCGAUACAUGCUCAGUAUGCUCUCGUUUGAGCUCGGCUGGCCUGGCCCCAUGAGUUUCCUGCGCCGCAUCAGCAAGGCCGAUGACUACGACCUUGAGACAAGAACCCUGGCAAAGUACUUCCUGGAAAUCACCAUCAUGGACGAACGUUUUGUUGGCUGCACUCCGAGUUUCCUGGCUGCAGGCGCCCACUGUCUUGCUCGCCUCAUGUUGCGCAAAGGCCAGUGGACCCAGGCUCACGUCUACUACUCCAACUACACCUACGCACAGAUCCGUCAGCUCUUGGCUGUCAUGGUCGAAUGUUGCGAGGCACCUGAUGUUCAUCACAAUGCCGUCUUCCACAAGUACCAGGAUCGCCGUUUCAAGCGCGCAUCUCUCUUCGUCCAGACCGAGAUGAAGAAGGGCUUCAAGCUUCCUGUCUACUAA